AUGGCGGAUGUUGAACCAGGCCCCGAGCCGAAACAAUCCAUUGAAAUGCCUGAGAAGCCCGUGGAGACCCCCGAGGUACCUCCAGCAGCUCUAGAGUCCGACGAGCCCGCACUGCCCGAGCAGACCGAAUCGCAAGACCCAACAAUCGAGGAGAGCGCGGAAUUGCCGCAGGAGGAAGAAGCAGACGAAAAACCAGAUGUACCACCCAAGGAUGAUCUGGAAGCCGAGCAGGAAUCCCAAAUACCUAGUCCUCCCACGAUUCAGGAACCACCCGCCGAGGAUGCCAAUGUCGCUGACAGUAGACUGAGGUCCGACUCGCGAUCCACUACGGCGACUUUCAUGACGCAGCGGUCCGGUCCAGUCAGCUCAACGGUCUUUAUUGUGACGGCUUUGGACAAUAUUGCUGCCUCCCGGGAUGCUCGGAGGGAUAAGAAGCUCGAGGAUGCCACACAGGUGGCCCUAGCCAACAUCAAACAAACCGAUGGACAGCCAAUCGACCCCGAGCUUAUCUUCCGUCCCUUGCAUCUAGCAAGCAAAACACUGAGCAUCCCAUUGCAGGUGACAGCGUUGGAUUGCAUUGGAAAGUUGAUCACAUACUCCUAUUUCGCGUUCCCGUCCGCCGAGACUGAGAACGAGGCCACACCCGAACAACCUCCAUUGAUUGAACGCGCUAUCGAUGCAAUCUGCGAUUGCUUUGAAAAUGAAGCUACGGCGGUCGAAAUUCAGCAGCAAAUCAUCAAAUCCUUGCUAGCGGCGGUUCUGAACGACAAAAUUGUUGUGCAUGGAGCUGGUCUCCUCAAGGCUGUCCGUCAAAUAUACAACAUCUUCAUCUACUCCAAAUCCAGCCAGAAUCAGCAGAUUGCUCAGGGGUCGCUCACGCAAAUGGUCAGCACGGUCUUUGAGCGAGUGCGGGCACGCUUAGAUCUCAAGGAAAUCCGGCUGCGGACGGCAGACAAGCCAUCCUCGACACUCGAUGCCUCGGCCAGUGAUGUUGGUCAAGCUUCGGACGCGGCUUCCGUGUCUGGUGUUGACCAGCCCGACCAGCCCGAUCAACCUGUGACCAAGGACCCCAAUGCUGAAAAGCUCACCCUACAGAGCUUUGAAUCUCCCAAAGAAGUCACUGUCAAUGACAAUGCGCCGACUACAGUUACCCGCGCUAAGCGAUCAGCGACGAGGUCGAUGUCCGGCAUUCCUGAGGAGAGAGAUGACGAUAGCUUGGCUGAAGAUGAUGUCGAUGAAGUAUAUGUCAAGGAUGCUUUCUUGGUAUUCCGAGCAUUGUGCAAAUUGAGCCACAGGGUCUUGACCCACGAGCAGCAGCAAGAUGUGAAGUCUCAGAACAUGAGGUCCAAGCUCUUAGCCCUGCAUUUGAUUCACUACCUCAUCAACAACAACACUACAACAAUCAUCUCGCCUUUGGCCACUAUCAAGGUUAGCUCCAACAGCCCGGAACGCAUGACACUGCUCCUUGCUGUAAGACCUCAUCUGUGCCUCAGUCUCAGCCGCAAUGGCUCCAGCGCUGUACCUCACGUGUUCAAGGUUUGCUGUGAAAUCUUUUGGCUGAUGCUGAAGGACAUGCGUGUCACGGUGAAAAAAGAACUUGAGGUGUUCAUGAAAGAAAUCUACCUCACAAUUCUCGAAAAGCGCGGUGCACCUGCGUUCCAGAAACAAUACUUCAUGGAAGUGUUGGAAAGGCUGGGUGGUGAUCCACGCGCUUUAGUUGAAAUCUAUCUAAAUUACGACUGUGACAGAACGGCAUUGGAGAAUAUCUUCCAGAAUCUCAUUGAGCAGUUGUCUCGGUAUGCUAGUGUGCCGGUGGUUACAUCUUCCUCCCAGCAGUACCAGUAUCAAGAACAGCAUGUCAAGAUGACAAGCGUUGGCUCUGAAUGGCACCAGCGAGGCACACUCCCUCCCUCCCUUACUAGUGCUCAUAUUGUACCGACUCCGCCGCCCGCGAUGCCUCAAAUUCCAUCCGAGUAUGGGCUCAAGCAGCAGGGGUUGGAGUGUCUUGUUGAGAUGUUGCGUUCACUCGACAACUGGGCUGCACAGCGCACAGAUGAACAGCCCGUGGUACCCAUGCCAUCAAAGUCAAUGGAUAACUCUCGCGAUUCCUUGGACACAAACGUGCUUGUCUCUCCACACCCGGAGGCCCUGGAUAGCGGAGCAGGUCGUUCUACCCCUCUGCCCGAAGAUGACCCUAAUCAGAUUGAGAAGGUCAAGCAGAGAAAGAUCGCACUCACAAAUUCGAUCGAACAAUUCAACUGGAAACCCAAACGUGGAAUCAAAGCCCUGCUGAAGGAAGGAUUUAUUCGUUCAGAAGCACCUGAGGACAUCGCUAGCUUCAUGCUCCGCACUGACCACAUCGAUAAAGCCACCCUUGGAGAGUACCUCGGUGAGGGAGACGCGGAAAACAUCGCAAUCAUGCACGCUUUUGUUGAUUUGAUGGAGUUUACAAAACGUCGCUUCGUUGAUUCUCUGCGCUCAUUCUUGCAGCAUUUCCGUCUUCCUGGCGAAGCGCAAAAGAUUGAUCGAUUCAUGCUGAAGUUCGCCGAACGUUACACCACCCAGAAUCCGAAUGCAUUUGCUAAUGCUGACACCGCAUAUGUGCUUGCGUACUCUGUCAUCUUGCUGAACACGGAUCAGCAUAGCUCAAAGAUGAAGGGUCGCCGUAUGACCAAAGAAGACUUCAUCAAGAACAAUCGUGGAAUCAACGACAACCAGGAUCUACCAGCAGACUACCUGGGAGCAAUUUAUGAAGAGAUUGGGAGCAACGAGAUCGUGCUGGACACUGAGCAGGAACAUGCUGCCAACCUUGCCACUCAGCCUGCAGCCCCGACUGGCCUUGCUACAAGGGCCGGACAGGUCUUCGCUACUGUUGGACGGGAUAUCCAAGGCGAGAAGUAUGCGCAAGCUUCAGAAGAAAUGGCAAACAAGACAGAACAACUUUACCGCUCCCUUAUUCGGGCUCAGCGCAAGACGGCUGUAAAGGAUGCUCUCUCCCGUUUCAUUCCUGCCACAUCGAACCAGCAUGUUGGCUCCAUGUUUAAUGUUACAUGGAUGUCCUUCCUGUCUGGCUUGUCUGCCCCCAUGCAAGACACAUCAAACCUUCAGACAAUCCGUCUUUGCAUGGAGGGACUGAAACUGUCGAUACGCAUCAGCUGUGCUUUUGAUCUUGAGACUCCCCGUGUGGCAUUUGUUACUGCGCUGGCAAAAUUCACUAACCUCGGGAACGUGAGAGAGAUGAUGCCCAAGAACUUUGAGGCGCUCAAGGCCUUGCUUGACGUUGCUCUUACGGAGGGAAAUCGCCUCCACGGCUCGUGGCGGGAUAUUCUCACAUGCGUCAGCCAGCUUGACAGACUCCAGCUCCUCAGCGAUGGCGUUGAUGAAGGAUCACUGCCUGAUGUUUCGAGGGUGCCAUCAUCGGCGGAUGCGCCCCGUAGAUCCAUGCAAAGUACCCGGCGCGCUCGCCCUCGUUCCAUCAACGGACCAACGGCUUUCCGCCCAGAGAUUGCCAUGGAAAGUCGCUCGGCGGACAUCAUUCGGAGCGUGGAUUGGAUCUUUACCAAUACUGCUAACUUGUCACAUGAAGCAAUCAUCGACUUUGUUCGGGCAUUGAGUGAAGUUAGCUGGCAGGAGAUCCAAUCUUCUGGUCACACCGAUUCACCCCGCACAUUCAGUCUGCAGAAGCUAGUAGAAAUCAGUUACUACAACAUGACCCGUGUCAGAAUUGAGUGGUCAAAGAUCUGGGAUGUUUUGGGUUCACAUUUCAACCAAGUCGGCUGUCAUCACAACACAACUGUUGUAUUCUUUGCCUUGGAUUCGCUCCGUCAGCUUUCAAUGCGUUUCAUGGAGAUUGAGGAGUUGCCCGGUUUCCAAUUCCAGAAGGAUUUCCUUAAGCCUUUCGAGCACGUCAUGGCGAACAGUACCACUGCUGCCGUCAAGGACAUGAUUCUGCGAUGCUUGAUUCAGAUGAUCCAAGCUCGUGGUGACAAUAUUCGCUCGGGCUGGAAAACAAUGUUUGGUGUCUUCACAGUUGCAGCACGUGAACCUUAUGAGGCGAUUGUCAACAUGUCAUUUGAUCAUGUCACCCAAGUCUACAACACCAGAUUUGGCGUGGUGAUUACUCAAGGCGCCUUCGCCGAUCUCAUUGUUUGUCUCACAGAAUUCUCGAAGAAUUCCAAAUUCCAGAAGAAAUCUCUGCAGGCAAUUGAAACAUUAAAAUCGACAGUCCUCAAAAUGUUGCGGACCCCCGAGUGCCCACUGUCCCACCGGGGUGCUGCUUCGGCUGCUACAUUCCAGGACAACGGAACUAACCUGGCCAAGCAGCUUACUCGUCAAUCCAAGGAGGAGCAAUUCUGGUACCCCAUUCUCAUUGCUUUCCAGGAUGUACUCAUGACUGGUGAUGAUCUCGAGGUCCGCUCACGAGCACUCACAUACCUGUUUGAUACGCUGGUCCGCCACGGUGGUGAUUUCCCAAGAGACUUCUGGGAUGUCCUCUGGAGACAGCUGCUAUAUCCAAUCUUCGUUGUCCUGCAGUCCAAGUCUGAAAUGUCCAAGGUACCAAAUCACGAAGACUUGUCGGUAUGGCUAUCCACGACGAUGAUUCAGGCACUCAGGAACAUGAUCACUCUGUUCACACACUACUUUGAUGCCCUGGAGUACAUGUUGAGUCGCUUCUUGGAGCUUCUUACAUUGUGCAUUUGUCAAGAAAAUGACACAAUCGCACGCAUUGGUAGCAACUGCCUGCAGCAGCUGAUUUUGCAAAAUGUCUCCAAAUUCAAACAGGAGCACUGGUCCCAGAUUGUUGGUGCUUUUGUGGAGCUGUUCAGCAAGACAACCGCUUAUGAACUCUUCACGGCUGCUGUGUCAAUGUCUAAACCAGCUGAAGUGAUCAACGGCGACCUAACGGCGGCCCCUGACUCUACAGUGGCGUCAGGUGAUUUGCCGGAUGCGUUGCAGGCGAACGCGUCACAAAGUACAGCCUCUUUCCAAGAUAACGGGGAUCCCCCUGUGCAAAGUCCGGCUCGUGCUGAGCUGGAAGACUACCGUCCCCAGUCAGACCAGCAACAGCCUGCCGCUGUCACUGCGGCUCGUCGUCGGUACUUUAAUCGCAUCAUCACCAAUUGCGUUCUCCAACUUUUGAUGAUUGAGACUGUGCACGAACUUUUCUCAAAUGAGAAUGUUUAUGCUCAAAUCCCUAGCAUGGAGCUUCUGCGACUCAUGAGCUUGCUGAAGAAGAGCUACCAGUUCGCAAAGAAGUUCAACGAGGACAAGGACCUGCGUAUGCAGCUCUGGCGCCAGGGUUUCAUGAAGCAGCCGCCCAAUCUGCUAAAGCAAGAAAGCGGGAGUGCCUCUACUUACGUUCACAUUCUCUUCCGCAUGUACCAUGACCAGCGAGAGGAGCGACAAAGCAGUCGUGACGAGACUGAAGCUGCCCUCAUUCCACUCUGCGCCGACAUCAUUCGCAGCUUCGUCCGCCUUGAAGAAGACACUCAGCAUCGCAAUAUUGUCGCCUGGCGCCCGGUCGUCGCUGAUGUCAUCGAUGGCUACACCAAUUUCCCGCAAGAUGGCUUCGAUAAACACAUUGAGACAUUCUAUUCUCUCGGAGUGGAAUUAUUGAGCCGCGAUCUCAACCCGGAGAUCCGCGUUGCUCUCCAGUCCCUCCUGCGCCGUAUCGGCGAAGUCCGACUGGGAAUCGCCCCGCUGAACCCCCUGGACGCCCCGAUUAGCCCACGCAGCUCCGUCUCCCAGAAGGCUUCGCGCCGCGAUAGCCAGGUCUGA